AUGGAGAGCAGCAGCGCGCCCUACAACGCGUUGGCCGUGUUUGUCAACAACCAGCAGGUGUUCAAGCUGCCCCCCGAAGACAAGAAGCCCCCACUGCCCGACCUGGCGCUGGCCCCCACGCGCCUCGACGAGGUGGACCUCUACGGCGGCCUGGAGGCCGUCAAGGAGGGCCUCCUGUCGGUCCUCGUCGUGGGCUGCCUGGCCGUCGUCGACGCCGUCGUCAACGGCUUCGCCCCGCCCAGCCAGACCAGCAGGAGCCGCGGCGGCCUGGAGGAGGAGCACGAUGAUGGGGUGGACACGAUGAUGACCGAGAGCUGGAUGCCCUCGUGGGGCCUGGGCGACCUGUCCUACUACAGCGACGAGACGUCCUACGCGGUUUGCGACCACUUGUAA